AAUGAAAUGUUUGAAGAAGCAUUAAUUCCUCCCGAGAAUUUCAACAUGGUCUGUGAACAUGUUUAUCGAUCUUCUUUUCCCAAGAAAAAGCAUUACAAGUUUUUAGAGAAAUUAAAAUUAAAAAGCGUUUUAACCUUAAUUCUUGAAGAGUAUCCUGAACAAAACAUGAAAUUUCUAAAAGAGCACAAUAUUCAAUUCUUACAGUUUGGUAUUGCAGGAAAUAAGGAGCCCUUUGUACAAAUUCCCGAAGAUAAAAUCAGCGCAGCCUUAGCAGCAUUGUUAGAUAAGCGAAACCAUCCAAUUUUAAUUCAUUGUAAUAAAGGAAAGCAUCGUACAGGCUGCUUAAUUGGUUGUUUAAGGAAAAUUCAAAAUUGGAGCCACACCUCAAUUUUUGACGAAUAUAGAAGGUUUUCUCAUCCAAAGUCUAGAUCUAUGGAUCAACAAUUUAUUGAAUUGUAUGAUGCAAAUCAAGUUUGGCCACUUGUAGAUAAAAGAUAUUUACCAAACUGGCCAACACUA